GUUGGCCAAUUUGCCUCAAGAUCAAGAACUGGGUAGCCUCAAGAUCAAGCCCUGCGAAGUUGGUAUGGCCUCUGAAUGGAAUCGAGCCAUCAGCAGCUUCGCACGGAGCUCCAAGUGGCGAGAUGCUUUGCUGCUGUUCGAGGCAGCACAACAUGCUGUCCAGAUCGAUGUGGUGACAGUCACCUCAGUCAUGGCUGCCUGUCGAUGGCGCCUGUCGCUUCAGCUUCUCCAAGAACACCUCCCACUGGCGAAUGUUAUCACGUACACAACCUUGAUGCGCGCGUGCAACAAGGAGGGCGAAUGGCAGAACUGCCUCCUGCUCUUCAACUCACUUCUUGAAAUGAGCUUCCAAACCGAUCUGAUUCUGCAUAGUGCAGCUGUGACUGCGUGUGAACGGGGCAGCCUGUGGCAAGAGGCCUUGGUCAUGAUUGGUAGCCUGCGCCUGAUGUCUCUUUUGCCAGACAGUAUCAUCUUCAAUGCGACGAUUAGCGCUUGUGAGAAGGCUGCAGAAUGGCAAUGGGCACUGCACUUGCUGUGUUCCCUCCAUCACUGGGCAACUCUGCCAAGUGUGGUCACAUUCGCCGCAGUGGUCAGUUCCUGUGGCAAUGCCACCCAGUGGCGCCGUGCCUUGCACGUCUUGACGGAAGCGAAGUCGGCGUCGGUGUCGGCGGACGCGGUGCUGUGCAAUGCAGCCAUCAGCGCCUGCGGCGCUGAUUCCCAGUGGCGCUUGACGCGAGACUUGCUGACGGAGAUGGAGAGGCGAAGCCUGCCCAGCCAGGUGACCUUGAACGCGUGCAUCACGGCCUCUGAAAACUGGUGCCAUGGAGUGAAGCUCUUGGGUCUGUUUGACCGCUGGAAGCUGCAGAAGGACGUGGUGAGCUUCAACGCGGCCAUCUCACGCGAUGCCUGGCCUGUGGCAUUGGAGCUGAGCCGAGAAACGGCUCUCCGCGGCCUCCCUGCCACGGUGGUCACCUGGACGGCCGCCGCCACGGCCGCCUCGGACUCGCCGGGCGCUGCGGGCGCCGCGGGCGCCGCCUGGCGCCGGGCGCUGCGCUUGGCCAUGGCGCCGGCUGGAGCGAACGAGCUCAGCUUCGAGGCGGCCAUUCGCAGCUGCGCCUUGGCCCAACGGAGAAGAAGCUGAUGAAGCCAAAAGGGCAAGGAAGCCGAGCUUGGGGCCAGGUUUUGCGAGAGUUCCGGCCCGAAGCAGUCUAGUGGACUGAUUUGGAGCCUUUGCCGACAUGUCGAGGUCAUGGCGUGCUUUCAAAUCGCAGUUCGCUCGCUCCACUUGGAGUGCUUUUUUUUUUGAUAGCUCAUAAAUGUCCGGCAGUCAGCACCAAGUGUUUGAGGUGCAAACGCCCAAAAUCGAGGAAGUCAGAUUGCGGGCAUGGCACCCGUAUGCAUCCCUUCAUUUUGGAGGGUGCCAACGGCGCCGCCUCCAAUCAGAGGAACAACACCUGGCCUGCUUCUGCGGGAACGAUAUAGCUGC